AUGUUCGAGACCAUCCAUCACUUCCAGGCCCUCAGCUCCUGCGUUGGAUCCAACUCCUGCGGAGUCUACUUCAACAUUGGCACCGAGGACUCCGGCCUCAACUUCGGAGCUGCUCACUUGAACGUCUCUGUCGCCGACGCUAAUGGUGACUACACCAACUCUCCUGGCGCCCAAGGAUGGAACGCCAGCGGUGAGGCCCCUGGAGCCAAGGCCUGGUUGUCCGACUCCAACAGCACCGUCUCCUACUCCAUGACUGGAAGCAACCAGGGCAUGUUCACCAACGGCUCUGCCAUCAACGCCAGGUGGUGGGACACCACCAACAUGGACAACAUCCGUGGCGCUGACAUCACCAACCAUUCUAUCGCCGGAACCACCGAGAGCAUCAACAACAACACCGCGGCCAACAACGUCCGCGGCGGCCACUCCAUCCACCAGAACACCACCGAGACUUACUUCUAA